CCUCAGGGAGGGGGCUGUCCCGCCCCACGUGGACCGGCUCCCUGCUGGGGGCGUGGCCGCCGGCGCGGGCCGGGCCAAUGAGCGCCACCGUCAGGCUCACCCGGCUGGGCACGCCGGGCCGAGGAGGGCUGCGUCAUGCCGGGGGCGGGGCUCCGGGGCCGGCGCGAGGCGCGGCGGGUCACGCGGGUCGCGGCGCGGGCUAUAAGUAGGGGCCGGCGGCGUGCUCCGCUAGAGUGAUGGCUGCCGGCGUUCGCUGCGUGCUUCUUCUUCUCGGCUGCUGAGGCCCCCCCGCGGCUGCUUCCUGGAUAAGUCGUGAGUCCCGCGGAGCUGUCCCCGGUGCCGCCGACCCGGGCCGUGUGCUCGCCGACCGCAGGUGCGACCCGUGGCUCCCGCUGCCGCCUCGAUCUCCUCGUCUCCCGCUCCGCCCUCCCUUUUCCCUGGAUGAACUUGCGUCCUUUCUCUUCUCCGCCAUGGAAUUCCGCUCCGUGCUUUUAGCCCUCCUGAGCCAAAGAAACCCCAGACAACAGAUGCCCAUACGCAGCGUAUAGCAGUAACUCCCUAGCUCGGUUUCUGUGCCGUAGUUUACAGUAUUUAAUUUUAUAUAAUAUAUAUUAUUUAUUAUAGCAUUUUUGAUACCUCAUAUUCUGUUUACACAUCUUAAAAGCCGCUCAGUAGUUCUCUUACUAAACAACCACUACUCUAGAGAAUGGCAACGCUGAUUACCAGUACUACAGCUGCUACCGCCGCUUCUGGUCCUUUGGUGGACUACCUAUGGAUGCUCAUCCUGGGCUUCGUUAUUGCAUUUGUCUUGGCAUUCUCCGUGGGAGCCAAUGAUGUAGCAAAUUCUUUUGGUACAGCUGUGGGCUCAGGUGUAGUGACCCUGAAGCAAGCCUGCAUCCUAGCUAGCAUCUUUGAAACAGUGGGCUCUGUCUUACUGGGGGCCAAAGUGAGCGAAACCAUCCGGAAGGGCUUGAUUGACGUGGAGAUGUACAACUCGACUCAAGGGCUGCUGAUGGCCGGCUCAGUCAGUGCUAUGUUUGGUUCUGCUGUGUGGCAACUCGUUGCUUCGUUUUUGAAGCUCCCCAUUUCUGGAACUCAUUGUAUUGUUGGUGCAACCAUUGGUUUCUCCCUCGUGGCAAAGGGGCAGGAGGGUGUCAAGUGGUCUGAACUGAUAAAAAUUGUGAUGUCUUGGUUCGUGUCCCCACUGCUUUCUGGAAUUAUGUCUGGAAUUUUAUUCUUCCUAGUUCGUGCAUUCAUCCUCCAUAAGGCAGAUCCAGUGCCUAAUGGUUUGCGAGCUUUGCCAGUUUUCUAUGCCUGCACAGUUGGAAUAAACCUCUUUUCCAUCAUGUAUACUGGAGCACCGUUGCUGGGCUUUGACAAACUUCCUCUGUGGGGUACCAUCCUCAUCUCGGUGGGAUGUGCAGUUUUCUGUGCCCUUAUCGUCUGGUUCUUUGUAUGUCCCAGGAUGAAGAGAAAAAUUGAACGAGAAAUAAAGUGUAGUCCUUCUGAAAGCCCCUUAAUGGAAAAAAAGAAUAGCUUGAAAGAAGACCAUGAAGAAACAAAGUUGUCUGCCAGUGAUACUGAAAGCAGGAAUCCUGUUUCGGAGAUAGGGCCUGCCGCUCUGCCCCUCCAGGCUGUGGUGGAGGAGAGAACAGUCUCAUUCAAACUUGGAGAUCUGGAAGAAGCUCCAGAGCGAGAGAGGCUUCCCAGCGUGGACUUGAAAGAGGAAACCAGCAUAGAUAGCACCGUGAAUGGUGCAGUGCAGUUGCCUAAUGGGAACCUUGUCCAGUUCAGUCAAGCUGUCAGCAACCAAAUAAACUCCAGUGGCCACUACCAGUAUCACACCGUGCAUAAGGAUUCUGGCUUGUACAAAGAGCUGCUCCAUAAAUUACAUCUGGCCAAGGUGGGAGAUUGCAUGGGAGACUCUGGUGACAAACCCUUAAGGCGCAAUAAUAGCUAUACUUCCUAUACCAUGGCAAUAUGUGGCAUGCCUCUGGAUUCAUUCCGUGCCAAAGAAGGUGAACAGAAGGGCGAAGAAAUAGAGAAGCUGACGUGGCCUAAUGCAGACUCCAGGAAGCGAAUUCGAAUGGACAGUUACACUAGUUACUGCAAUGCUGUGUCUGACCUUCACUCGGCAUCUGAGAUAGACAUGAGUGUCAAGGCAGAGAUGGGUCUAGGUGACAGAAAAGGAAGUCAUGGCUCUCUAGAAGAAUGGUAUGACCAGGAUAAGCCUGAAGUCUCUCUCCUCUUCCAGUUCCUGCAGAUCCUUACAGCCUGCUUUGGGUCAUUUGCCCAUGGUGGCAAUGACGUAAGCAAUGCCAUUGGGCCUCUGGUUGCUUUAUAUUUGGUUUAUGACACGGGAGAUGUUUCUUCAAAAGUGGCAACACCAAUAUGGCUUCUACUCUAUGGUGGUGUUGGUAUCUGUAUUGGUCUGUGGGUCUGGGGAAGAAGAGUUAUCCAGACCAUGGGGAAGGAUCUGACACCGAUCACACCCUCUAGUGGCUUCAGUAUUGAACUGGCAUCUGCCCUCACUGUGGUGAUUGCAUCAAAUAUUGGCCUUCCCAUCAGUACAACACAUUGUAAAGUGGGCUCUGUUGUGUCUGUUGGCUGGCUCCGGUCCAAGAAGGCUGUUGACUGGCGUCUCUUUCGUAACAUUUUUAUGGCCUGGUUUGUCACAGUCCCCAUUUCUGGAGUUAUCAGUGCUGCCAUCAUGGCAGUCUUCAGAUACAUCAUCCUCAGAAUGUGAAGCUGUUUGAGAUUAAAAUUUGUGUCAAUGUUUGGGACCACCUUAGGUAUUCCUGCUCCCCUGAAGAAUGAUUACGGUGUUAUUGAAGACUGACAAGAGUCUUUUUAUUUGGGAGCCAGAUGAGGGAAGUGUUACUUGUGCUAUAAUUGCUUUUGUGCUAAAUAUGAAUUGUCUCAAAAUUAGCUAUGUAAAAUAGCCAGGGUUCCACUGGCUCCUGCUGAGGUCCCCUUUCCUUCUGGGCUGUGAAUUCCUGUACAUAUUUCUCUACUUUUUGUAUCAGGCUUCAAUUCCAUUAUGUUUUAAUGUUGUCUCUGAAGAUGACUUGUGAUUUUUUUUUUUUUUAAACAACCAUGCAGAGCCAUUUGACAGAGUAUGCUCUGCUUCAUUGGUUUCACCAGCUUCUGCCCUAACAUGCACAGGGAUUUAACAACAAAAAAA